AUGUCCGUCCUCGCUACGCAAGCCGAAGAACCCACGAAAUGGGGCACAGCCACCGAAACAACAGCAGAUCGCUACAGCCGUACGAAUACGAUGCAGCGCGGCUACGGCCAUGCCCUGACAGAGAUGAUGAACAUCUCCAAAGGCCAACACGUCCUCGUGGCGGCCUGCGGUCCCGGAAGCGACGUUCUCGACAUUGCGCAAAUUGUAGGCCCGACUGGGAAAGUCGUGGGGUUCGACCUAGACAAGUACAGCAUCAAGCGGGCGCGUGAGGCCUUGGAGGAGUAUCCGGAGCUCAAGCCCUACGUAGAGCUCCAUGUCGCCGACGUGCAUGAUCUCUCCAUGUUCGCAGGACAGAAGUUCGAUGCCAUACACUGCAACAUGUCAUACCAUUGGUUCAGCGACAAACCUCUCUUCCUCGCUCAAGCCGCCACUCUAGCCAAGCCCGGCACUGCUAUUGGUAUCGCGACUCAGGACGGCGCAUUCCGUCUACCUAUACAGGACAUCCGCGAUGACGUCUUAGAGGAUCUCGGCGAGCCUACAGACAAUUUUAUAUGGCCUUCGAGCUUCCCGGAGAUGCAGCGCGAUCUGAGCGCUGCUGGGUUUGGCGAUGUGAAGAUGUCGCGCGGUUUUGGCACGCGUACGCUCGAGAGCGUGGACGCGCUAUGGAAUUGGUGCAACGAUAGCACAGGGAACCGAUUUGGCUACCAUUUGCAGGGCGAAAAGGCGGAGCGAAUGAAGCAGAUGGUCAUGGAUAGGUUCCGCGGUUUGGCGUUGGAGGAUGGGCGCGCGAUUUUGCAGUUCAAGCAUCUGUCUACGGUGUCGUACUAUGGGCGCUGA